AUGGCUGGCCGUUUUGUCCGGGCGUCCAAAUAUCGACACGUCUUCGGGAAGUCGACGAGAAAGGAAUUCUGCUAUGACAACCUGCACAUCAGCCGCAAUGCAUGGGAUACCAACCUGGUCAAGGUGAAUCCCGAGUACUUGUCUGUCAAUUGGGAUGCCUCAGGCGGCGGUGCCUUUGCCGUCAUCCCCCUGAGCGAGAAGGGCAAGCUUCCCGAUCAGAUUCCGCUGUUUCGCGGCCACACGGCUGCCGUGCUUGAUACCGACUGGAACCCCUUCCACGACCGCAUUGUCGCUUCCGCGUCCGAGGAUGGCAAGGUCUUUGUCUGGGAGGUGCCCCAAAACUUUACGCUACACACAGACGCCGAGGAAAUUGUCCACGUUUCGCCUGCGAGCAAGCUCGGGGGCCACUCAAGGAAAGUUGGACAGGUCCUCUUCAACCCUGCGGCCGAAAACAUCCUCGCCUCGGCCUCGGGCGACUUCACCGUCAAGCUCUGGGACAUUGGCACUGGCCAGUCGCCCCUGACGCUCAAGCAUGGUGACAUCGUCCAGAGCCUGUCGUGGAGUGCCGCCGGCAACAUGCUCGUGACGACGUCGCGCGACAAGAAGAUUCGCGUCUGGGACGUCCGCCAAGAGAAGCCUGUCCACGACGCUCUUGGCCACAGCGGAGCCAAGAACAGCAGGGCUGUAUGGCUGGGUGAGCACAACCGCUUCGCCACCACGGGCUUCUCUCGCAUGAGCGAGCGGCAGGUCGCUCUGUGGGAGCCUGGACGCACCGAACCCAUUGGCGGCUUCACCAUGCUCGACUCCAUCUCCGGUGUCUGCAUGCCUUUCUGGGACGAUGGUUCCAACUGCCUGUACCUCGCCGGCAAGGGUGACGGCAACAUACGCUACUUUGAGUAUGAAAACGACAAGUUCGAGUUCCUCAGCGAAUACAAGUCGGCCGAUCCCCAGCGAGGCAUCGCCUUCGUCCCUCGUCGUGGAAUUAAUGUGCACGAAAACGAAAUCAUGCGCGCGUACAAGACGGUCAACGACUCCUACAUAGAGCCCAUCUCCUUCACCGUACCGAGACGUGCAGAGACGUUCCAGGCAGACAUCUUCCCCCCGGCCAUCGGCACCAAGCCGGCCGCGAGCGCAAAGGAGUGGUUUGAUGGCAAGACGGCCAUUCCCGCCAAAAUUGACUUUGAGAGUAUAUACGAUGGCAACGCCCCCCGGGAGGUCCCCUCUGACUACAAGCCCGUCUCCCCGACGAAACCAGUCCCCCCGCCGGUGGCGAAGAGUGAACCGAGGAAGGAGGAGGUCGUUCCGGCCGCUGUUAGAAGCCCACCGCCGACGAUGAACGAGCGGAAAGCAUCGAUGUCGACCAUGGCGACCAGAUUCCAAGACAAUGAGGAGGAUGACGAGGCGGACGACAACGAUGAGACGUCAAGCUUCGAAGAAGUCACCCGGCCAGCGCAGCGAACCGCGGCGCCCAUUCGAUCCGAGCCCAAGCCUACCGUUGCCGGUCCCGCCAGGGCUCAGCCUGGACCUGCCGCCGCACCGGCGCGUGCCCCGUCCCCCGUCAAGACACCGACGACUACCACAUACGCACCCACAGCAGCCACUGCCUCAAACCAGUCGUCCUCGGCCGGUGUCGAGUCUUCCCUCGAUCAGAUCAAGCGGCUCAUCGAGAACCAGACCAAGAUCAUCAGCGCGCAAAACGACAAGAUUGGCCUCCUGACGGGCGAGGUGGAGUCGCUCAAAAAGAAGAUAAGCUCGGCCGGUUCGCAGGAUCAGAUUGAACGGAUCCGUCAACUAGAGCUGGAACUCGAAGAAGCGCGGUCGUGA